AUGCAGUGCUUUGCCUUUCUGGAGGCCUUUCGAAGGCCUGGCGCUGAUGCGCCGCCGCUAAGGAAACUGCCUGCCAAUGACACCGACAUGCUCCAGAGGGUUGUUGACAAGACGGCCUGCCUCCUCAAGCUGCCCUCCAGCCUCGAAGAUGCUCAAGAGGACGCGGAUGGGCGCACACUAUCCAAAAGCAGGCCAUCUCUGACGCCAACUGACGUGCCUGAUGAGGAGCUACAGCACACGCCGGACGAUGACCUCAGUGAAUCCGACAGCCUUUUGCCGGAUGAAGUUGGCACUCCCACUCCCACCGCAGUGGUGUCUGCAACUGAGGCACUGGACGAAUUCUACAGCAGCUGCGAUGCGGAUCCGGCUGCAUUGCAGGAUGCUGCCGGGGCAUCUGCAGAGCUGCAGCCGCAAGUGGAAGAGCUCAAGUCUGAGGCAGCGAAGGUGCCUGUUUGGUGCAACAAGCUUGCCGAGCUUGAGGCCAAGCCAGAAUUGGCCCUGCAAGCUCAAGCCGAAGCCACGGAGGUGCCCGCACUUCAAGCACAGGUAGCAGACCUGGAGGCACAGCGAACUGCUGAGUUACAAGAUGCCGCGAGUGCAUCUGCAAAGCUUCAGGAGCAGGUGGAAAGGCUAAAGUCCGAGGCCUCGCAGGUGUGGCCACCACCAAGCGUGGUUUCCCACAUGUAUGAGUUGUCGAAGGAGCCAGACAUGGAACAGGAGAACCCACUACGCCAUGCUGAAGCAAAACGCAUCAGCAAGAAGCAAAUUGCUCAGGCGUGGGAGGCCUCAGAGCGCCGUUGUGGCUUCAGCUGGCUUCUGCCAGCCUUCCCGAAGCCAGGUCGUCUACCACCUGGCGCUUCCUACACCGCUUGUGCUGUGCCAAGAGUCUACGAGGAACUCACGGAG